UCCCCUGUCCUCUCUCUGUCUCUUAACUUGAUCUAUAUAUUUAUAGCCGCCACCCAUUUCUCACAAUCACAAUUGGUAAUUAAGUAACACUAACAGAAGAAGACAUGGAAGUGGUGGUGGCAGUGCCUCCUCCUCCACCACCUUCUUCUUCCAUGGACUUUAACUUCGAUAGCAACUGUUCCUCCCCUUACAUCACUGCACCUUCCAGCCCCCAACGCUUUGGCAACUUCUUCUUCAGUGCCCCCACCAGCCCCACUCGCAGACACUCCUCUGCUUCCACUCCCAACACCACCCAAGACGAGUUCGAAUUCGACUUCAGUGGUCAUCUCCAGAGGCCUUCCCUUUCCGCCGAGGAACUAUUCCUGGGCGGAAAGAUUAGACCUCUCAAACCUCUUUCCCCUUCGUCUAGUAGAAGAAGAGAGAAAAGGGUUAUCCAAGAAUCACCACCAUCACAACAACGUAAGUUAGGCAAGGAAAGAGCUUCAUCAUUUUCCGUUUCCUCUACGACCUUCUCUUUGGGAGACAAAAGUAACAGCAGCAAAACCUCGGAGAGUAUUUCUAACUCCUCAUUUUUGUCGUCGAUUUCGUUCGGGAAAGGGUACCGAAAGUGGAGGCUGAAGGAUUUUCUUCUGUUCCGAAGCGCCUCUGAGGGAAGAGCUUCGGACAAGGAUCCUUUUCGGAAGUACGCGGUUCUGUCCAAAACGACCGCGCACGAGGAUGUCCGGAACGUCAGUUCCGGUUCGGUUUCGAGACGGAGAGGGCCGGUUUCGGCUCACGAGUUGCAUUACACCGUGAACCGGGCUGCUUCAGUGGAGUUGAAGAAGAAAACGUUGUUGCCUUAUAAGCAGGGCUUCUUGGGCUGCUUGGCCUUCAACCCUGCCAUGCAUGGGUCUUAGUUCACGUUUUAAUCAAAUUGUGAUUUUGGUGUUCUCCAAAAUGUUAAUAUUAUUAUGAUCCUCAUUCGUGUCGUGAAUGGUAAUUUCAAAUUUUCUUUGUAUAUUCAUUCUCAUUCACAAAGAGACUAAAAUUAAAUUGGAUGAAAAUUUGAAAGUGAAAUUAUUCACACACAGAUACAGUAAACUUUUGUUAGGAUUAAUUUUGGUAUUUUAUAUUUUGUCCAUUGUAUUUGGUUGACUCGGGAAAAUUGUUUUGUAAUGUCCCCUUCAGCCAAAUCAUGUGUUAGACUACACAUUAACAAGUUGUGUGAUAGUUUUGCAUGUUGCAAUAUAAUUUUCCACAUAUUGUA